CUGAGGGCACACCAUCAUUCCAUACUAAACCUGAGACUGUGCAUUCUUAACUCGCGCUGCAGUGGGACCGGAUCAGAUCUGGAUCAUUUCACACUGUGCGGACUGUGAGGGACACCUGCGUGAACUAUGUGAAGGGUUCCUAUAAAGCAUUGUCUGACCAUGCUGUUCCCUGCCUCAAAAUCCGAUGUGAAAUCGGUUCUGGAAGGAGUAGCAGAAACCACAUUUAGGACAAUCACGUCUGGACUGCAGUACUUUAGUUCUAACGACAUCAGCUUUGAUGACCACAUCAUUGACGGGGACUUUGGCAAAGGUGGAUACCCUCUGCAGAAGCCUUUCUCGGCAUACCGCAGAAGCACUUUCUCGGAUAAAGUCGCACCAGAUGAAGAAUUGAUCCUGAAAGGAAUCCCAUUUUAUCCCACUAACAGCUCAGAUGGGUUUGGAAACUGGAGUCUUGGAGAGGAUGGGAGUAGCCUCCAGUGUGGGGAGAACUUUAUGGACAUGGAAUGUUUCAUGAUACUGACUCCUAGUCAGCAGCUCGCCGUGGCCGUGUUGUCUCUCACACUUGGCACUUUUACCGUGUUAGAGAACCUGGUGGUUCUUUGCGUGAUAUUGCAGUCACGUACCCUUCGCUGUAGACCGUCCUACCAUUUCAUCGGUAGCUUGGCCGUUGCAGACCUACUCGGUAGUGUAAUCUUCGUCUAUAGCUUCUUGGACUUCCACGUGUUUCACCGCAAAGACAGUCCGAACGUGUUUCUGUUUAAACUGGGUGGUGUAACGGCAUCUUUUACCGCUUCUGUUGGAAGCCUGUUCCUCACCGCCAUUGACAGAUACGUAUCUAUACAUCGCCCGUUGGCAUAUAGGCAGAUCGUGACACGCACCAAAGCGGUGAUCGCUUUCUGCAUGAUGUGGGCCAUCUCCAUCAUCAUUGCUGUGCUGCCACUGCUCGGAUGGAACUGCAAACGGUUAAACUCGGUUUGUUCAGACAUCUUUCCACUAAUCGAUGAGAACUACCUGAUGUUCUGGAUCGGUGUGACCAGCGUUUUGGUCAUAUUCAUAAUCUACGCUUACAUGUACAUCCUCUGGAAGGCCCACCACCAUGCGGUGAGGAUGCUAAGACGCACGUCACAAAAAAGCCUGGUCGUCCACUCCUCCGACGGCACGAAGGUCCAAACCACCAGGCCAGAACAGGUCCGAAUGGACAUCCGGUUGGCCAAGACAUUGGUUCUGAUUCUAGUGGUGUUGGUGAUCUGUUGGGGGCCUGUUUUGGCCAUCAUGGUGUAUGAUUUGUUCUGGAGAAUGGAUGACAACAUUAAGACGAUUUUUGCAUUCUGUAGUAUGCUCUGCUUGCUCAACUCCACCGUUAAUCCAAUUAUCUACGCUCUAAGGAGUAAAGACCUCCGCAGGGCCUUCCUCACGACCUGUCAGUGCUGCAGGAGCACCUCCAGCACAUCCCUGCAGUUCGACAACAGCCUGGAAUCGGAUUGUCAGAGGAAUCAGCACAUCGCCGCAAACCGUGCCGCUGAGAGCUGCGUGAAGACCACUGUGAAAAUUGCCAAACUGACAAUGUCUGUCUCUGCUGAGACAUCGGCCGAAGCUGUUUGAGUGUGUUUUUGUUGUUCAGCUGGCGAUGUGGAUGUUGAACGAGUGUUCUGAUUAGGGUUAAUAUAGUUUUGAAGAUUUCACCAGUUUCUAUUUUAUUUUGUACUUUGAGUUUCAAUUUCAGUUUACUUCAUUUAGUUUAAUUGUACAUUCAUUUGUUUUGUUUUGUUUUGUUUGUUUGACCAAUUUUAGUUUCAACCAGGGAUCAGUUGACUCCGGGGGGUCAUUGAAGGUACUGCACAGGCCAGCGGCGGAGCUUGCCUUUUCCGUAAGAGGGUGCAAGUGAGAAAGACACUGGAAACUGGAUAAAGCCUAUAAAUAAUUGUGAGGAAGAUCAACAGAAAAUGAAAUUGGCCCAACUUAUACAGUGACACAGCACUGUAACAAAUCCAUCUGCCAAAAACACUGUGGAGCUGUGAUUGGUUGUUUUACAUGUCAGUCAGGCUGCAGCUUAUAAUGGGUGUUUUCUUAUAGUCUAAUGUCAGGAUUUGGAGAUUAUACAGAUGAAAACGAAAUAAAUGUUCUCUUUAAUUGGAGUUUUUAUUCAUAUUGUUGUGCAUAUUUAUAGUUUUUGUUCUUUUGCAGUUAACAAAAAUAUGUUUUUCUGCUACUUUUGUCUUUAACAAUAAUAACCUUGGUUCUGAUGCACAGCGUCUUAAAAAAAAAAAAAAAAAAAAAUAUGUCUGUUCUUGCCAGUCAUGCAUAAAGGACAAAGGUCAAAAUACAAAGCUGCUUAAGUUACCACUGGUUUGAUGAAUUCUUCAAAUCAACAUCUCUUUUAAGUGCCGAAUUUUUCUCAAAAGAGGUAAUCAAAUUCUUUGGGGCUUUUUUCUUUGUUGGUGUUUGCCAUUAAAUGUCAUUGUAACAUGUUACUGAAAAUGUGUGGCUAUAGUGUGUACUUAAUGAAAGUUUAUAUUUUUAUACUUUGAAUUUUUUGUUUUUGAACAAUGAUAUCUUCUCACAUGGGAUUAAGGGGCUAAUUGUCUUUUUCAUAUGAAAAUCCUGUAAGUAUUCAUAUAAAAUAUAUAGUUUGUAAAUAUGUAGUAAAGCUAUGUGGUGAUAUGUUUAUUGUAUUGAAAAAAGUGAACGGAGGGCAUAUAUUAUAAUUUUUUUUUUUUUAAAUGCUACUCAAGUACAUUAAUAAUUUAAGGUAGAAAUAAAGACUUUUGUUAAUUUUUUAAUUGUAGAAUUUAUAAUUAUUGGUUAACAAAUGUAUUGAAUCUCGUUUAGUAUAUUUGUUUGGUCCUCGGGUCCAUUAUAUUAUGAUUUAGUGUUAAUGUUGUGCAGACAAAAUUAAGGAUUUUUGGGGUAAUUUGUUUUACAAGAUGGUUUGAAUCAGUGAUGGAUUGUGGUUUACUGUCACAGAACAAUUACAUUUUAAAACAGAAAUAAUUGUGUUCUAAACCUGAUUGUAAUAUUUUAUUUUGUCACUCUGCUGUACUGUAUUUUUCUGAGAUGUAAAGUACAAAUAAGUGUACAACAUGGUGAAGUGGGUAAUUUCUGCACCAUUAGUGGCACCAAAAAGAAUUGAUAGUUUUCAAGCAAGUUUCCCAAACAUUCCCUCUGUCUGCCAUUGGUUUAAGAAACAGAUUGUCCCACCCCAAACUCACACAACUGGUUGGGAUGCUCAAACAGACAAAGAGUCAUAGUGUUUACACUUUUCAGGACAUCAACCUACUCACUUACUGGCUUACUUGUCAUAGUUGACCCUUUGUAUUAAACUUGGAUACAGAAACAUCAAGUAUUAAAAAAAACAAUUACACACUUCACCUUUUAACAAGGCUGACUACAAACAGCCUGCUAAUAAAAAAAUACAUCAUGUAGUUCAAUAACAGUUGUACAUAUCCAUAAUGAAAAUGUAAAUAUCAUGAAUGUUCAGUAAUAUUCCUUAAAUCGUGAUAUACUUUAGUGUGGUGGCUCUUCGUUUGCACUGUUCAAAAUACAGCAUUGGUAAACUUUAACUAAGUUUUACCUACUAUAGUAUCAAAGCUUAAAAAUCAUAAAUUGUCAAAGUGGCUUUUGUUCCAAAGUACUUUAAAGUCUGUCAAGGUGAUGUCUUAAAAUACAGUAGCAUACAUUAUAGCUACUCACAGUCUCACACACUUGUGUCACAAUUUAAUCUGUUGAUUUUAAUCUGUGAAUUUAAAAAAAUAAAGUCAGUACUG